AUGACAGACACCGUUCGGGGGAAUGAGCUUAGCGAGCAAAAUCUCAAGGAGCUGAUCAACACUAUCAAUGCGGAAACGGAGGACCCUGAUUCAGAGAAAGAAAGCACAGAUCCAGGCACUGCCUCUUUCGACAAGGAACGAAAGAGGACCUUCAGAACAAUUGAUGAGAUUGUCGAGGAGAAAAGUCCAAUAUUGAACCCCGAGGUAGAACGGGAACUUCGCGUGCGUCGCUCCUAUGCUGCUUUUUGCGAAGACUUCACAUCGUCGGGUACUCUCGGUCCGAAGAGGAGAUUUGAGAUGAAUAUGGGAAUGGACGGCCACAUUGAAGAGACAGAGACUAUGCCAGAAUCAUACUCAAGGUCUGGCGAAGCACUGUCCCUCGAGCACCGCCAAGGUCCUUUUCAAACAUCGUCCGAACUAUCGUCACAGAUACCAGCUUUGGAGCCGGUCUCUUGCAGUCGGGAAAGGGGAUCGAACGCUAUAGAUCAGCCCAAAACGGGUGUCGACAAUGAGAAGGAUAAUCUUGAGGUUCAACCACCGUUCAUAACUUGUCCUCGGCCGUCUUCUCUGAUUAUGACACCGUCUGUCUACGGAGAGAUGCAACGCGCAACUCGAGAAAGAAAGCGAGCUCGAAAACAAAAGCUCCUGGGACCAUUCCGUGCACUAUUCUUUAAGGGGCACCCUUUGCACAGACAGAGGUAUGACAUGGACUAA